AGAUGGACUUCGAAAUUGAAUGCAGUGAGAAUAGAAUCUCUAUCUUAACGAGUCUUUGCGAGGUCAAUUCCUUGUAUUCGUCAAAAUGAACUCGUCCGUAAUGAGAUUAAGAAUUUUCGGUUUAACCAAAGAGGUGAACAUUAAGAGAUCUUUGAACACGCAAGAGUUGAUCGAACGUGACGAUAGAUACGGCGGUGUACAUUUCAAACCACUUCCAGUAGUUCUCAGUAAAGGUGAAGGUGUUCAUUUGUGGGAUGUCGAAGGAAAACGGUAUCUCGAUUUUCUGGCAGGCUUUUCGACCGUUAGUCAAGGUCACUGUCAUCCACGCUUGGUAAAAAUAAUGAAGGAGCAAGUGGGAAAGCUUACUCAUACGUCCAGAGCUUUCUACUCGGAACCCCAUGGCGCGUUAGGGGAAUAUUUGACCAAACUUUUAGGAUGGGAUAGAUUUCUGCCGAUGAAUACUGGAGUCGAAGCAGGUGAUACCGCUAUCAAAGUAGCCAGACGUUGGGCUUACAGAGUUAAGAAGAUACCUGCUGAUCAGGCAACCGUCGUCUUUGCGAAAGGCAAUUUUUGGGGUCGUUCAAUAGCUGCAUUAUCCGCAUCCACGGAUCCAAAUUGUUACACCGACUUUGGACCUUACGUUCCUCGUUUUGACAAAGUACCAUACAACGAUCUCGACGCUUUAGAGAAAAAAUUCCAGCAGGAUGAAACAGUUUGCGCGUUCAUGAUGGAACCAAUUCAAGGAGAAGCGGGUGUCGUAGUACCUGAUGAUGGUUAUUUGAAAGGUGUACGAAAAUUGUGCACUAAAUACAAUAUAUUAUGGAUCGCAGACGAAAUUCAAACUGGUUUAUGUAGAACGGGUAAACGAUUGGCAGUAGAUCAUGAAGAUGAACGACCGGAUAUUCUCAUAUUGGGAAAAGCAUUGUCUGGAGGAAUGUAUCCUGUUUCUGGUAUUUUGGCGGAUGAUCACAUAAUGUUAUGCUUGGAAACUGGCACUCACGGUAGUACAUUUGGUGGAAGUCCACUUGGUAAUAGAGUGGCCGUAGAGGCAGUUAAGAUAUUGGAAGAAGAAAAUCUUGCAGAAAAUGCGAGAAAACUUGGUGAAAUUGUUCGUAAAACAUUAGAGAAGCUUCCGAAGGAUAUUGCGACAGAAUUUCGAGGUCGUGGUUUGUUGGGUGGCUUGGUAAUUAACAAAGAUUUUGCCAAAGGUUGGGAUAUUUGUUUGAAAUUGAAAGAAGCAGGUUUAUUAACGAGACCCGCUCAUGGACAAAUAUUAAGGAUAUCCCCUCCCCUCGUAAUAACAAAAGAACAACUCGAAGAAGGUCUCGAUAUAAUGACUACCGUCCUUAGAAAUUAUAAAUGAACUUACCUUUAUUUUUGUACGAAUAUCAAAUUUCUUGAAACUUUAAAAAUUCUUAUUCGAAAAUCUAUGAAGAAAAUAAACGAUUAAAAGGUUAUAAAAAUAUAUUUACGUAGAAUUA